AUGAUUGGUAAGAUUAAGAAUCUUGAUUAUGUAGCACCGAAGAAUGAUGCAUGGAGGCAUGAGAAUAUCAAUUCAGAGGAUAAAACUGAUAGCUUGAGGGGCAUGCAUGAAAAGAAGCUAAGGUUUUGGUUUGAAAAGGAUGGAAAGAGGAAAAGGACUCCAAAAGUUUCACCCAAAGUGGCUACACCAAAGAUUGUUAUUAAGGAGCCAACAAAGAAGAAGUCUCCACCAUGGCUUGUAGAUGAACCUGUGACUGAUCCUACAGAUCUAGUUCAGCAAGGUGUUGAUUUGAGGAAGAUGACACUUGAUGACUUUGUAAAGCAAUCUGAAGCUGCUAAAGCUGCAAAAGAAGCUGCAAAGGAAGCUGAAACUUCUGCAAAGAAUGUUGAAGCUGAAAGUUUGAAAGAAAAAGAAGUUGAAGGAGUUGUGCGCACAGAUUCUAGUGCAACUAUAAGUGAUUCAAGUGACACAGAACCUAGAUAUGAUACGUCAAAGUUGGGCGUUGGAAAGAUAAAGUUGAAAGUGAAACCUCAAAAGAAAAAGAAAGGUUUAGAUGAAGAAGAUGCGACGUACAUUCCAACACCUGAAGAGAAAAAGAAACUUUGGAGAAAGCGUAGAGCUCAUCCAUCAGGUGUUAUUCCGAGGAAUGUUAGAGCAAGAAAGGGAGCAGCAACAAUGUCUGAAAUUCAAAGUGCUAAAGCUCCAGAAGUUGAAAAGUUUGCUGAGACUACAAGUAUUCCAGAGGUCGAAAAGGAUCAAAGUGUUGAAAAGCCUGAGGUUAAAUCAAAGAAAGCACCUGAAAGUCCUUAUAUGGGUGAGAGAAAGUCUAUGCCGCCUGCGUCACCAAUCAAUCCAACAAUUCACAUUCAAGAUGAUCCAAAGAAGUCACCUGAAAAGAAAGAUACCUCUUCUGGUUCAUUUGAUGGGUUUCCGAAGGUUCAUGGUGAAUUUUCGGAGGAUCUUCCUAAAGGUGAUUAUGAUAUGUUUCAUGAUGGAAAGAUAAAAGUGUUGACAAAGAAAGUGAGUAUUCUUGAAAAAGAAAAAGAAAAAGCCGAAGCUGAACGUGAUGAACUGAAAGAGAAAAUUGAUGAGUUAACUGGUGACCUUGGAGAACAUGCUAAGGUGAUUGACAGAAUCACUGAAGAGUUUGAUGAGGUGAAUGCAAAGUAUGAGAAUAUGAAUGAAGUUAACAAGACGCUGCAUCAGAUGAUAGGUGAACUGCAUGAGUCUUCUUCUAAUGAAAGUAAGGUAUUAAGGCAAGAAAUAGAAGCCUUGAGGGCAGACAAAGUUGUUAAAGACGAACAAUUGAACAUGUUGUAUACUGUGAUGGAACACAAGCUUGGAAUCAAUGUCCAAGCUAUGUAUAAUGAUUUGGAGAUUGAAAGGGUCGAGGCAAGAAGAGUUCAAAGGGAAAAAGAGUUGGCUGAAGAAGCAACGCAGAAGAAGAAAAGUGUUGUAAUUGAUAAUGAAGAAAUUCUUGGGUCUUCUAGCCAACAAGUUCAACCUGAAGCUGAAGGUACUACAGAUCCAAAUCCACUCUCUAUGAUAGCUUUUGGUGAUGUGAUUGAUGUUACUCCUGAAGAAAUCAAGCUUGAUAGACGUAAGAUCAUCGAGAAACGUCAUGAAGAAGAAGAAAAGUUAAAGAAUGAAGAGUUGAAGGAGUUGUUUGAUGACCUCGACAACUAUGAUCCAGACAAUGAUAAUGAUGAUGACGAUGAUGAUGAUGAUCAAGGGGCAAUUGGGUUGCUAGUUGUGAAGCCUAAUGUCAACAAACGCUUGAUGAUUUCCUUAAUGAUGAGCUGA